AUGUUACUACAAAUUGCUUUUACUUUUUGGAAUGUGCAGGCCCGAGAAGACAGUCGUAACUCCCUCAUAAAGCAUCUGAAAUCAUCCCUAACGAAGGAGAAACUGAAAACACUGAAGAACACCCUGAAAACCUGUUGCGAGACUGGGGAUCUCAGCCAGAAUGGAAGCGAGAUCACUGUGGUGAAGGACAACAUCCCAGCAGAGGGUGAGCUUCCAACUGAAGGAGAUCUGUUAGCAGAGGUUGGACAGUCCACAGCCCGUCUCAGGUCCGAGCUCAACAUCACUCGCCAACGGGCUGACCGGCUGCAAAUGCAGCUGGACACUCUUCGGGGCCUGCACUUGGCCACUGUGACCGGAAAGCCCCCAAAGCAGGCGAUUGAACGGCUCUUUGACCAACUGGCUUUUCUUGAGAAGCAGCAGGAACUCAAAAACAGACAUCUGGAGGAGUGA